UUAAAAAGGAGAAGGUCUGUGCACUGGAGGAGAGAGCGCAGCAAUGAAAUAAAUAUUUGCUCUUUCACUUUUCUCAGGUGUAUGAUGAUCGGUACAGAAUGCAGAGUCGGCCUUUAGGAAUAUGCCUGAUUAUAGAUUGCAUUGGCAAUGACACAGAUAUAUUGGAGGACACCUUUAAAGUUCUAGGCUUUGAAGUUCACUGUUACCGGUAUUUAAGUGUGGAAGCCAUGAACCAAACAUUCCAUGAAGUUGCAAGACUGCAAAAGCACAGAGACCUUGACAGCUUUAUUUGCAUAUUGGUCAGCCGGGGGAGCCCUCAGAGCAUCUUCUGCACAGACCAGACCUUUCCUGGGUACCCCUUGGAUCAGGUGAAGAAGUUUUUUACUGGAGACUCAUGCCGUGAACUCCUAGGGAAACCUAAGCUCUUCUUUAUUCAAAGCUACAUUGUGCCAGCAGAUCAGCAAGAACCCACCAGUCUGCUGGAAGUGGAUGGGAAUGAACAAAAAAUCACUGCCAAUACCAGAAGACCUAGGAACUGUAGUAUUCCCCCAGUAGCAGACAUCUUUUGGAGUCAAUGCAAGGUGGAUGUGUCUGUACUAGAAAGGUCACCCAGCUCAUCUUCCCAUUAUCUACGCAGUCUGGCUGAGCUCCUGUGCAAUCCUCAUAAAAGAAAGCUCCCCCUACUGGAUAUCCAUAUUGAGCUGAACAGCAGAGUGUAUGAUUGCAACAGGACCUCAGAGCCACAGCACCAAUACUCACUCCUGCUACAACACACCUUGAGGAAAAAACUCUUUCUUUUUCCCAGUUAAAAGCUAAUGGAAAUUGCCUGGGACACGAUGUUAAGAUGGGGAUAUCCACGUGGGCUUUUUCUUCAAUUGUCAUUGUUCCAUGCAUUUUUGAAGGACCUGUUGCUAGAGUAUCUGAGUAGUUAGAAACGUUUUGGAUGUUGAGGCAUCACAUGUUUCCAGUUUUAAACUUUAGGCAGAAGCUACUAGGAUAAGAAAGACAGCUAAUCCAUAGCUCUGCAGCAGAUCUUAUAACCCAACCAAGCAGAAGGACACUGUUGAAAGGGUUCUAUACUACAGAUUUAUUGUAUUUCGUUAUGUUUUGAUUUUUGAAACAUACCCAUUAGCAAUGCCCAUUCCAUGCUCCAGUAUUUAAACCAACACAAGAAUCAGCUAAAUUGGUAAGACUACCACCCCCAUGUAUAAUUAUAAUUCAUUCCCAGACCAUAAUUAGGCAGGAGCUCAUUCCAGAGUCCAGGGGCUGUUGGAGAGAAUGCCCUCCUGGCAGCUCCAUCUCUUUUGUAACGAAGGAACUGUGGCUGGAAUGCUUCUCCUGAUUGUGGCAGAACGGAAUGAGAGGAGAGGCCAUUUUAAAGGUAAUCUGGACCCAAACCAUCCAAGGCUUUAAAGGUCGAAACUAACACCCUGGUUGUACCCAGAAGCCCACAAGUAGUUAGUACUGCUCACAGAGCACUGGUGUUAUAUGCUCCCACUUAACAGACAGGCUCUCACAUUCUGAACUAACUUCAGCUUCCCAAUGGUCCCAAGAUGUAGUCCUACCUGAAAUGCUUUACAGUAAUCUAAUCUCUCAGUGACAAAAGCCUAGGUAAGGGUAGCUAGGCCUGCCUCUGAAAUAAGAGAUCACACUUGCCACACCGGGCACAGAUGGAUAAAUGUGCUCUUUGCCACAGCUGACCCCUGAGUAUCGAGCAGCAGCCCAGGAUCUGAUGAGACUGCUAAACCGUGAAUCUGGCUAGCCAAUAACAGCCACCUCCCACCAAGCAGAGGAGUUUGUGUAGCUAGCCCAGUUCCUAGGGCUGCUUGCUCCCCCCUUCUAAUGAUAUUUCAGUCCCAUCUAGAUUGAGCCUCAGCCAGCUAGACUUAGCGCAUGCUCCAGUUUCAGGCAGACACCAAGUCACCCAUUCCACUGCACCUUCAGACUCAGUCAUAAGGGCAAUGAACAACUAGGUAUUAUCCACGUGCUAUAGACACUGCAACCUCUUCACACGCACAAGGUUCAGUAGUUCUGUGCCACUGCAUUUAUACAAGACAAAAGACCUCUGCUCAGUAAUUUUAUUUUUCUUAAUUACCUUCUCCAUUCCCUACGGGAACAAUAAGAGACAAGAUUACCAUCAAUGUAGCAAUUCCUUUCCCUUCCACUUUCUACAAGGCCCUGAUCCUGUGAGCUCUGAGGCAAGUGAGUGUGCAUGUGAGUACUUUUGGUUGAUCCUCAGUCUUUUUUCAGGAUUGGGGCCUGGAUGAGUCAGUUUUAAGCUUAUGUCACUGGCCUGACUGUGCUUCCAUCCAUGGCAUGGUCCCAUCAUCCCCCCCACCCCACCCCACCCCACCCCACCCCUCCACACACACUUCCUCCCCCACACUUAAAGUAAGUAAACAUAUUUAAUAUUCUUGGUACAUCUUCCUGUCUAGCAAACAAACUAAGGCCUUGUCUACCCUUAAAAGGUUUUCUGGUAUACCUGUACCAGCAACCUCUCCUAGAGUAGAUGCAGUUGAUAUCAGUUAUACUUGUUGCUGAUAUAGCUUAUACUAGUUCCCCUAGCAAAAUAAGCCAUGGUUGCAAAAAGGACAUUUUUCCUGGUAUCCCUGCAUCCACACGAGGGCUUUUGCCAACAGCUAUGCCAGCAAAAUAUAACGUCCCUAACUGACAUAGCUAUGCAGGCAAAACUUUUAAGGGUAGACCAGGCCUAAGAGAGGGCUGCCAGAGGUGAAGUGCUUGAUGACUUGGCCAGUAAGUUUGUUUUAGAAGUGACGAUUCUGUUUCCCAAACCCACUGCAUAUUGCCUGCUGUGGGCUUGGCCAUGACUUUCAGGAACUCUCCCUUGAAGCCAGACAGCUUUUAAUGUUCAUCCCAAAAAAUCAGCACAAGCCUUGAAACAGCUCCUGCAGUCAAAACAAUGGAAGUUUAACAAUGAGCCCAGAGUUGGGCAAAAUGUGGCUGAGGAAAGAAGACUCAACCAAGAAAAUAUGGAAAUGCUGUAGAGAAAAACACACAUAUUUAUUUAUACUAAUAUAUAAUUUUUAUGUAAUAAAAAUGUACAUAUAUAAUACAUAUUAAUAUCUUCAUUUUGUAUGUGUCCUAAUUUUUUUAAAGAUUUUAACGAUUUUUGUUUGUGUUAAUUUCAUAUUCUUUCUGAUGUUAUGCAUAUUCUAUGUAGAGGAGGAAAUGAGAGAUUGUGAUAGGCAUAAGGGGAGUGGUUGGUAAAAGUUUGGGAUGAAUGUGACUCAUUCCAUGUUGUCACAGAUCUGAUCAGGUGCCCUCUUGCAGCCACCCCAGCACCGAACUACUGUGAGGGGAAUCUAAGCCUCUGUGGUUUACAGAGCUUGACGAAUCCAGCCACGUCCCCAAUCUUGGAGUCCCUAGGUCACUCUUGGGGUGCAGACCUGCUAGCUAGUACCCCAUCCUGAGAGCUGGAACCCACUGUCCAGCUGCUUACCCCUUCUGGGUGCACAGGUGACCCCCUCAUACUUCUCCAUAUUUGAACACACCCUCUUCCAGAACUCCAUUGAAAGGUGUGACGUUUCUGGUUACAGUUUAACUCUCUCACUGCAGUUGUGAAGCAGGUAACAUGCAGAGACUUCCCACAACUAGAUGAUGCUGUAGGCCAGAAUGCUGUGAGGGACAGCUAACAGGUGCUGCGGUUCAAAACGUUGCAGGCAAAGGGAAAGUGAGGCAGAGCCAAAUGGUGGUAGUGUGUGUCAGAACUCCCCUAGGAGAAGGGAGAUUGGGUAGUGAAGAGUACUGCCAAAUUAUGAUACCCACCAGAGAGGUGUGAACUCUGGAGAAAAUGACUCCUGAGCAGGGCACCUUCUGCCCUUUUGAAACUUUCUGGCCCCUGCUGUCUGCUGGCACCCUUGCCAGCUCCACUGCUUGGGGAAGUGGAGGGAGGAAAUGUGCCUCUUAAUCUGUUUUCAGUGUGGUCAGUGGAGAUGUAAUUAAACCUGAGAGAGGGUUGGGGGAGAAAGCACACCACCUCUCCCCAGGAAGUGUAAAGAAGGGGACUGGGCUUGGGGAAAGUAGGGAGAUUUCACCUUGCCCCACGACAGGGAAUGGCAAAAGAGAGUUGUUCAAGUUAAGUGCUCUUCCAUUGAAAUGUAAUCACUCUAGACAAUAGAUUUUCCUCCUGCCUAAGGGAACUGGUUUGUCAGGAGGGAGGUUGCCUCAUCAGCAAAGUCACCUGGAGGAGGACAACUUUGUGUGGAAACUGGUAAGGGUGCUGAUAGAGGGGGCUAAAAGGUUUUAAAAGGAUAAAAGCUGUUCUCAGGAGCCAUUUUCUCCAAUCAGUGAGGAUCCAGCCUGUUUGAGGCUGCCUGCCUGCCUUCCUGGAUACUGAUGGUCCCCUAAAGAUUCAUCAGGGAAGGGUGACCUAGUGAGGGACACUGUGGUUUAAGAUGUUUUUUGUUUUGUAAAAGAGCAAAUGUGUUAGACUCUGUGCUAAGCAUGUGUGAAUUCCUUCCCAACUGUUAUAUGCCCCUGAGAGAGUUCAACUGUAACCCAUACAUUUAGAGGAGCUCUAGGGGAGGGGACGUUUUAAGUACAAGAGAAUCUGACCAGCCACCACGAGUUGCUGUAGAGCAGAUUCCGGCUCUCAGGAUAGAGUGCUAGACAGCAGAUCUAUGCCCUAGUAGCAUGCCCAAGGAUUCUAAGUCCGGGGGAAUGGCUGGACUCCAUUCAGGCUCCAGCCGAUUGAGGCUGGAUGCUCAGAUUCCCCUUACAGCAGUCCAGUGGGUGGCUGGAAGAGGGCAUCUGGCUGGAUCUGUGACCUGUAUUUUAGAAACCUCUUUGGAGUGUUGUAGGGUAACUGUAUACCUCUUUCCCUGUCUAAAACUAGCUUGUCCUUGUUACCAAGUCCCGGUAAACCCAGAUCAUCUGACAUUUGGAAGCGUCUCCCCCAUCUGAAACUCUGGUUUUUUCAAAUUUCAGCUAUGUCACUUGUGCCAUUUGGAUUGUCUUAUUUGUAUAAGGCUUGGAAUGAGAGGAAAAAUUGGUAUUUAAACCAUUUUUCACAAACUAGACAUUUUCUAAAAUUGAUUUUUGUAUGAGUUAUAAGAUUGAUUCUAAAGCCAACUCCUUGUGAUCUUAUCAGGGCUAGAAAGAAAUGCUUCAUAGCAAUGUUUUGCAGUUCUUCCCAUCAGCAGAACACUUUUUAAGAGAGCGCUGUCUUCCAGACUGCUUCUCCUCAGAAACCCCUAUUGCUUGGUUUUCAAAAUGUUUCUUUUCUGCUUCCUGACCCCCCUCCCCCCCACAAGUACUCCACAGACAUAAGCAAAUUGGUUCUUAGGUUUGUACCAAGAGAAAGGUCUACGUUGCAGCUGGCCACUAAUAUAUAACAGCAUUUUUUUCUUGCCUCUGAUGUGUCAUGAAGUGAUAACCAUAGUAUAGGACUGACUACAGCAAGUGUAAUUUUUAUUCUCUGUUUAUACCCGAUUCAUAUUCUUUGGCACAGCAGAGAGAUUGUAAAGUAAGAUUUGGUAUCUUAGAACUAGUUCCUGCAGCCACUGGGAGAUGAGGCUAGCGGUGUGAGAUACGUGUUUGUUAUUCCA